AUGGUGAUGCUUCGAUUGACCGCUGAGCAAUACCGAAAAUUGCCAAUUCUUGUCGACGAAAAGACAUGCAUCGGCAAGACCUAUAUAAUCACUGGCGGCAACUCUGGACUGGGACUUGAGACCGCGCGACAUCUCGUCUCAGCAUCAGCCGAACGUGUCGUGCUAGCAGUGAGAAAUCUCAAGGCUGGAGAAGCCGCGAAAAAUGACAUUGAGAAGACGACCGGGCGCAAGGGAGUUGUCCAAGUACGACACAUAGACAUGUCAACAUACGCGUCUGUCCAGAGCUUCGUCAAGAAGAUAACGGAAGAACUGGACAGAAUUGACGGAUUUGUAUGCAACGCAGGGCUCAUGAUCGACGCGUGGUCGCAGUCUGAGGGCAUGGAAACAAGCAUGUUUGUCAAUGUUGUCAACACGGUGUUCCUCGGCGCCCUGAUGAUGCCGAAACUCAAAGACUCUGCCAUCAAGUUCAGCAUUAAGCCCACUCUCGUUUUCAUCGUCAGUGUUCUUGGAUAUACUGCCAAAGGUGAGAUGGACAAGAGCCGCAAUGGUGUUAUAUUCGAAGGGCUCAACGAUCAGAAGCGCGCCAACAUGGACUCGAGGUAUGCGCUCACCAAGCUUGUGGGGGAGUGCGCUGUACGUCAGUUUGCAGCACUCUGCCCAGUCGAGCGUACAGGCGUUGUCAUCACCAUGGUCGCACCCGGUCUUUGCAGCACCGGCCUAGGACGCGAUGCCCGCACUUUCACUAAAAUCAUGCACGAAGCAGUCCGAGCCAUGAUGGCACGUACAGCAGAGGUGGGCAGCCGCACCAUCCUCCACGGGCUGCUGGUGGGAGAGGAUGGUCAUGGCAAGCUUCUUUCCGGGUGCAAGAUCAAAGAAUUCUGGGUUCCAACGUGGCUCACUGAUCCGGAGGGCCAAAUGCUGCAGAAAGGUAUUUGGGACGAGCUUGUUUUGAAAUUGGAAUCUGUCCAGCCUGGGUGCAUCGCCAUGCUAAAGUAG